GUUUACCUGGUAACAGCUGAGGUAAUUCCCACUGCUCUCCUCCAUGGGGGGAACGUGGACGCUUUCAUUUCUCCUGUUUGCGGCUCUGAUCCGGUUCGGGGGGAUGAAUGAAGCCGCUGCGGACAGACGAUCAGUCCGUUGCCGACCGGAAGUGUGACUUUUACCGACAAUGAUCCCGGUGUGAGCGACAGACGACGCGCAGGAGGAACCGAAGCAGCGGCUCUCCAUCAUCCGUGACCUGAUGAUGUCUUGAUCGACCGGCUCCUCUAUAAUACAUUCCCGCUGACCUUCUUGACCCUCAGAAGAUGUUGCCUUUAAAUGCUCCUGGAGAAACAUAAACUGAGUUCACGGAGACCAGACCUCUUUCUUUGGAGGAUGCAGCAGACUAGCAUUAUGAGGGCCCUGAGUGUCUCCCACAGCUGUGCGCUGUGCUAAAAGUUGUGAAGUGAAAGUGCCCAGAAGCAGAGCUAUGGGCUGUGGAGGGAGCAGGACUGAUGCUCUGGAGCCUCGAUACCUGGAGAGCUGGACUAAAGAGACGGAGUCGACAUGGCUGACCAGCACAGACGCCGAUAUCCCCCUGUCGUCCAUCCAGAGCAUCCCCUCCGAGAACUCCGAGGCCGGCUACGCUUCUGAGAAAACAAUCAGCCCUGUUCCAGAUUUCUUUGAAGACGGCAUCCCUCCUCCUGCUCAGGCUUACCUGAAGGUCUGCUCAGCUGUAUCUGAAGCCAGCCUGAACGACGUGAAGCCCAGCAGCCCGCCUGCUAUACAGGCCUCUCCACAGCAGGAGUCGGUGCCGCCUUCAUCCGGCACCACGGUGCAGCGCCGGAGUGUUCUGCACACCGAGGAGAUUACCAAAUGGCAGGACAAUCGCAUGUCGACCAAGCAGGUGACCAUCACGGUGACGCAGAGCAUCCACCAGGUGGACAAGAACGGGAAGGUGAAGAAGUCCCUCACCACCUACGAGGUUAUGAAGCCCGUGGAGGCUCUCAAACAGGCGGCCACGCAAAACACUUGAGUGCAGGAGAGACGAGAAGAAGCCAAAAAACAGAUACGAUUGUGAAAUAAAAACACUGAACAUGCUUUUGUGCAGGAAGCUUUAAGGUCCGACAGCUGAGUGAAGCACAAGAACGGAAAAACAGGGAUCAUGUGUAACUAGGCUGUGUAGUAUUUUAAACUGUAUGUGUGUUUUUACUGUACUUUGACACAUUGGAGACAUCUAAAAUGGUAGUUUGGUUGGAGAAAAUACAAACAAAUGACAUACAGUAGACACAGUAUCACAUGAAACAACCAAUCAUUUGAAUCUAUAUUAAGAUGCUUCUGAGAGUAAAUCUGUGUGUAAAUCUGUUGCCAGAGUAUUAUCUCACACUGCUGAAUAUGAUCAAUAUUUCAUAGUUUUGUUAUUUGGCUUUGAAACAACAUGUCGUCGCUGCUGUGUGUUUGGCUCAGGAAACUGGAGAUGAUUGCACUAAUUACAGUGAAGCCUGGACAGCAGUUGGUGGAAACUGUCUCACUGCAUCGUGUUGUUUUGUACAAUACAGUGUUCACUUUUUUAAUCAGGUGGAUUGUGUUUUCUAAUGACAAUAAAUUAAACUAAACAUG